UGUAAGAGUCAGACCUAAAUAUAUCCGCCGACCACCCUCUUGAGCUCUGAGAGAAAGAGAGAGAGAGAGCGCGCGCUCAUGUAAAGAGAGGGAGAGAGAGCGCGAGCGUCACUUUAGCAAGUGUCACCCCAAAACAACGACAAAAGUUGAGGACACGCAAACAUCGCUGGAAGAUGGAGCAACAUUCUAUUGUAAAAAAGCCAUCUGUGGCCGAACUAGCUGGGAAAUUCAGUUGUCAAAUACCUCAUUUGACAGAUGCUGAAGUGAACAAGCCUGUGAGGAGGAGGCCCCCACGCUCACUGCAGCUACCUGCCAAUAAUGAUGCAGGUCAAGGACAGGAUGAGAAAGGGGCAGCAACAACAUCACCCAGAAAGAAUAGAAACUCUGCCCUCAUUGAGAAACUACAGGCCAGUCUUACACUGUCUCCAACGGCCCCACCGACCUUUCCCAAGGGUGUGGGGGUGGUGAAGUUACCGGUGUCGCCCAGCUCCCCCAGCAGUCCCUCUAGUCCUUCUGUAACUCUCACGCCCAAACAGGAGGAAGCUCCUGCUAGCUUUGAGGAUCCUGCUGAAGGAAACAUUCUCAAAAGCAUCAACAAGGGUAGAGCUCGCCAUUCCAUCAAGCGCCGACCACCAUCUCGCAGACACAGGAAGUCCAGCACAGAUGAAGGCGGAGAAGAGGUGGAUAAGACAGCCUCAGCUGCCCUUGAACACACAACUCCAAACGGGCAUGAGGGAGAUGUGUUUGAGGAGCAGAAGGCAUCUGACAGUGCCAGCACAGCAUCGUUGUCCUCAAAAGAACAGACUGUGCUAGAAACUACAUCAACAGAUUCAGAAAAGACAAGUACAAAAGAGGCAGAACCAGAGGAGAAAGUGGAGACUGUGACUUUGGAAAAGAAAGAAGGAGAAGAAGAAGAAGAAAAGACAGAACAAGAGAAAAAGGAAGAGAAACGUGACGAAGAACCGCAGUUAGCCGACAACACAGAGUCUACAGUGCAAGAAGAUGCAUGUGAAGAGCCAGUCACACAACAUACAGAACCUGACACAACAACAGAUGAGAAAGAACAGGAACAGAAAGAAGAAGAGGAAGUAAAGCAUUAGAGCCAAGCGUGCUCUACAUAGAGAAGAAAGUUCAAAUCAACUGCUACACAACAAACAACUUCUCAAAACUCACAGCAAGGAAAAGAAAUAAUGUGAAGAACUUGGUCAUAGAAUAACUGCAGUCAUAUGCCAAAUGCUCAUAAUUCUCUGAAUGUACAAGUGAAACCCUCAGGUGCAGAGAACAACAGUCCAUCCCCCCCCCCCGGUACAGUUUUAGUAAUAACAGUUCUGUUCUGGGCUGCUGGUAUGAAAUUGGAUAUAACAGAUUUGUUUGAUUUUAGAUAUACUUUUUGGCUUUUGUAUAUAAUUUUUAGUCCCCACUAUUUUUAUUCUGUUUAUGUUGUUCAUAAUUGUAUUCCUUUACUCAGUUGAUCUUGCGCUUUUGAGUCUUGCUAAAAACUAUCCAAAAAUAUCCAAAAAUAAUUAACCUGUUACUUGUCUAUCCAAAGCGUUGGCUGUGAAACAAAUAUAAAAAUGUAUAAUUAAAUAUGCAUUUUAAGAUUUGUAUUAUGCAGUAUCAUUAAAGGGAUAGUUCACCCCAAAAUGAAAAUUCUCUCAUCAUUUGCUCACCCUUAUGCCAUCACAGAUGUGUAUGAAUUACUUUCUUCUGCCAAAUGUCUUCUGAAGCGAUCCAGUUGGUUUUGGGUGAGAAAAGACAAAAAUGUAACUCCUUUUUCACUGUACAUCUUGCCAUUGCAGACUCUAAGCAUGAUCAUGAUUUCAAGCUCGUUUACACUUCCUAGUGCUUAAAGCAUGCGCAGAGCGCUAGAUGGCGCUAUAGUAAGUGUAAUCAAGCUUGAAAUUAUGAUCACCAAGGAGACUGGUUUCAAGAUGUACAGUGAAAAAGGAGUUAUAUUUUGGUCUGUUCUCAAACGAAACAAACUGGAUCGCUUUAGAAGACAUUGAUCAAACCACUGAAGUCUGAUGGAUUAUGUUUAUGCUGACUUCAUCUCCUUUUUGGAGCUUUUGGAGGUCUGGUCACCAUUCACUUGCAUUGUGAGGACCUAGAGAGCUGAGAUAUUCUUCUAAAAAUCUUUAUUUGUGUUCAGCAGAAAAAAGAAAGUCACACACAUCUGGGAUGGCAUGAGGGUGAGUAUGAUGAGAGAAUUUACAUUUUUGGGUGAACUAUCCUUUUAUGGUGGAAAGUUCUUUCUUUCAAUAAGUGUCAGUUGAGGUCGUGAUCCUGUAGCUGGUCCCAAUCUGUCUUUUGGCAGACUAUAUGUAGAAAUCUGAUGUUAAAUAUUUUACAUGUAAAUGAUGCUAAAAUUAUUCAUUUCAUAUUUCUCUGUAAAAUACAUCUUUUAAUCAGGACAUUUGCAGAUUUUCCAGCAUUUUCCUCAUGUCUAUGCUGACCUCAUGGAAACUCUAGUGAGGUAUAGAUUAUCAUUUAAAUAGAACAUUUCUUCUCGUUCCUCAAUAAGCUUGUAUUCUCUUUUUUAAUAUUGUAAAUGAACAAAUCACACUAGUAUAUUUAAAUAACUGCAAAAUGGCAAAGGUCCUGCUGUGCUAAUAAGUGAAAGGAUUCAGAAAUGUUUAGCAGUUGCGAUCAGAUAUUCAAGGUCAGUGGAGGAAGGAUUAAGGUGGAUCAACUCAUGUUUCCUACUCAGGACCGCACUGAAAUAAUCCAGGACUCCUUGGUUUCAUCCUAUUGCUCAUAAUAUCAUAGCAGUCGAGUGUGACAUAAUAAAAUAAUUUGAAACUAAUGAGGCAAUGUAACGAGCUCUGUUAGGAAAUAACAAGAGUUAAAUGUUUUAUAUGUGAUUAUUGGGUAGAAAUUAGGCCUGUUUAUUUUUUUGUGUUUUGAUUGCACCAUGUCCAUAAUAUUAAUUGAAUUGAAUUAUGAAUGAUCAUGUUACCAUUGGUUAUUUGCCUUGCUACUAUAUAACCUCAUCGUAUAGGAUAAAUAAUAUCGAUAUGCACACUUAUAUGUUUAUCCAACCAUCUCUUUAAAUUUUCCUGUUCCAUCAA